AUGAUCCCUGCCGCCCGCACUGCCGUCCGGAGACCCUUCUCCGUGCUCGCCUCCGCCCGCACCGCCGCCCGCUCCUUCGAGGCCCAUCCCUUCCAGCGCCUGCCCAUCUCGCAAAGGGCGGCGCGGCCGGACUGGGCCCGCGAGGUCAAGCGCGUCGGCAGCCAGGCCCUCGUAUUCUUCCCGGCCUUUGCCGUCAUGCUGGGCUGGCCGUUUGCUGCCAAGUCUCUCGUUGACGGGCAUGUUUGA